UUCUGUUCAUCGUCGAGAAGACUUUGUCCCCAAACUCGUCACUCCCCUCGACGGCGACGGUGAGCGGCCUACUGCCGCCGGCGUGCUCGAUCUCCUCCUCCCUUCGCUCGCCGGUCAGCUUCGUCUGACGGAUCGUUCCGUUCUUCGAUCAGGCUCUCCUUCUUCCUCCUCGGCGCGCGAGAUCGAUGAGCAGUUCGAAUUGAGUACAGACAGAGCGAUUCGGAUACCUCCGCAAUGGCGGCGGUGGCUUCCGCGAGCGGCGCGAUGUUCCCUCCCACGAACUCCCCGCACAAGCCCUGGGAGGACCCGUCCUUCUUCCGCUGGAGGAAGCGGGACGCGCACGUGCCGCUGCGCACGCACGACACCCUCCAAGGGGCGCUCAAGUACUGGAGUGACCGGAGGGACGUGAGCUACCAGGACGCCGAGUCCGCCGUCUGGACCGACGACGCGGUCCGCGGCGCGCUGGACAGCGCGGCGUUCUGGGCCGAGGGGCUGCCGUACGCGCGGUCGCUGAGCGGGUACUGGAAGUUUUGCUUGGCUCAGUCGCCGGAGAGCGUCCCGGAGAAAUUCUACGAUGCGCAGUUUAAUGACUCAGAUUGGGAGGCUCUGCCAGUUCCUUCAAACUGGCAAAUGCACGGGUUUGACCGGCCGAUCUACACGAACGUCACCUACCCUUUCCCGAUGAACCCGCCAUUCGUGCCGUCUGAAAACCCCACUGGCUGUUACAGGAAGGUUUUUCACAUCCCAAAAGAGUGGAAAGGUCGGAGGAUCUUGUUGCAUUUCGAAGCUGUUGAUUCAGCGUUUAUUGCUUGGGUAAAUGGCGUACCGAUUGGAUAUAGCCAGGACAGCAGGCUCCCUGCUGAGUUUGAAAUCACCGAUUGCUGCCAUCAUUCUGAUCCAGACAAGGAAAAUGUUCUUGCUGUUCAAGUCAUGAGGUGGAGUGAUGGUUCUUAUCUUGAAGAUCAAGACCAUUGGUGGUUGUCUGGUAUUCACAGGGAUGUGCUACUACUGUCAAAACCACAGAUCUUUAUAACGGAUUACUUUUUCAAAGCAACCUUGGACGAGAACUUCCGUGUAGCUGAUAUUGAGGUUGAGGUGGAAAUUGAUUCAAACAAGCAAGACCGGGAGCAUGUCCCAACUUUUUCUAUUGAAGCAACAAUAUUCGAUAAUUCUGGACCAUCUGAUGGUUUAAAUUCAGAUAUGUCAGCUGCUAAUGUGGUCAAUUUGAAGUCAAAGCCAAAUCCUAAAGGAGGCCCUUGUCAUGGUUUUCAUGGUUAUGUUCUUGGUGGGAAAAUGGAAAAUCCAAAGCUUUGGUCUGGUGAAAAACCGAACUUAUACACUCUUGUUGUUCUCCUUAAAGAUGCCAAUGGGAAGCUUAUUGAGUGUGAAUCAUGCCAAGUAGGCAUUCGGAAGGUAGUCCUGGCACACAAGCAGAUGCUUGUCAAUGGAUGCCCUGUUGUAAUGAGAGGCGUCAAUAGACAUGAGCAUCACCCACGUGUCGGGAAGACCAAUAUAGAAGCAUGCAUGAUCAAGGAUCUAGUUUUGAUGAGACAAAACAACAUCAAUGCUGUUAGAAACUGCCAUUACCCCCAACAUCCUAGGUGGUACGAGUUAUGUGACAUUUUUGGUCUUUAUGUAAUUGAUGAAGCCAAUAUGGAGACACAUGGCUUUGAUGAAUCUAGCCAUUUCAAACAUCCUACACUAGAACCCAUUUGGGCAAAUUGUAUGCUGGAUCGUUUCGUUAGCAUGGUGGAGAGGGACAAAAAUCAUGCGUGCAUAAUUAUUUGGUCCUUGGGAAAUGAAUCCUCACAUGGGCCAAAUCACUCUGCUAUGUCUGGGUGGAUUCGUGGAAGAGACCCGACAAGGCUCAUCCAUUAUGAAGGGGGUGGCUCCAGAACAUCUUCCACAGAUAUUGUAUGCCCCAUGUACAUGCGUGUCUGGGAUAUUCUUAAGAUUGCCAAAGAUCCAUCUGAAAAUAGGCCCCUCAUUCUUUGCGAAUAUUCACAUGCUAUGGGGAACAGUAAUGGUAAUAUUGAUGCGUACUGGAAGGCGAUAGACAGCACUCUGGGACUCCAAGGAGGUUUUAUUUGGGACUGGGUCGAUCAGGGUUUAACGAAGGAGGACGCCGAUGGAUCUAAAGCUUGGGCAUAUGGGGGUGACUUUGGAGACACUCCAAAUGACUUAAAUUUUUGCAUUAAUGGCAUUGUGUGGCCUGAUCGGAUGAUUCACCCAGCUGUUAAUGAAGUUAAAUAUCUUUACCAGCCUAUCAAAAUAUCAUUGGUGGAUAACAUUCUUAAGAUUGAAAAUUUACAUUUUGAGGAGACAACAGCGGCUUUGGACUUCAAUUGGGUUCUUCUUGGGGAUGGUUGCAUUUUGGGCUCUGGUUCACUCGAUGUUGCAGACCUAGCACCACAAAGUAGCCAUCUUAUCAAGGCAGAAUCAUCACCUUGGUAUCCUCUUUGGACCACAUCUGCAGUAAAAGAAGCUUUCUUGUCUAUAAAUGUGAAACAGAGGUACAAAACACGAUGGGCUAAAGAAGGUCAUAUCUUGGCUUCAGCACAAGUUUGUUUGCCUCAGACAAAUGGCUUUGUCCCUCAUGUGAUAGCAUUGACCAAGAGCCCUUUGAUCUCUGAACGGGUGGGUGAUAGUGUAAUCAUUGGCAAGAGCAGCGAAUGGAAAAUCAACAUAAACAGUCGAUUGGGAACAAUUGACAGUUGGAAGAUCAACAACGUCGAGCUUCUGAGCAAGGGUAUACUUCCUUGCUUCUGGCGUGCACCAACUGACAAUGACAACGGAGGCUUCUACACCAAGUCUUAUGGUACAAGAUGGAGAGAAGCCUUCCUGGACAACAUUUCCUUCCACAGCAGUCAGUUCUCAGUGAAGGAGCUGCCAGACAACACCGUUGAGGUUUCCACCGUAUAUUACGGUCUACCUGGACACCUGGCGAAACCCGCCGAUGACGCCGCUCUUUCAGAAGCUCAAGAGUCUGCGCUCUUCCGGGUCCACAUGCGUUGCCGGAUCUACGAGUCGGGCGACGUGGUCCUCGAAUACGAGGUGAACCCCAAGAGCGACCUGCCCCCAAUCCCCCGGGUGGGCAUUGUGUUCAAUGCCGAGAAAUCCUUGGACCACGUCACAUGGUACGGGAGGGGGCCGUUCGAGUGCUACCCCGACCGCAAGGCCGCCGCACACGUUGGCGUGUACGAGAGCAGCGUGGAUGACCUCCACGUGCCAUACAUCGUCCCGGGCGAAUGCGGUGGCCGUGCGGACGUCAGGUGGGUGGCGCUCCGGAACGCCGAUGGGUACGGCAUCUUCGCUUCGAUGCACAGCGAGGAGUCCUCGCUGAUGCAGAUGAGCGCCAGCUACUACGGCGCCACGGAGCUCAACCGGGCGACACAUAACCACAAGCUGGUCAAGGGAGACGACAUCGAGGUGCACCUUGAUCACAGGCACAUGGGGGUGGGCGGGGACGACAGCUGGACGCCGUGCGUGCACGAGCAGUACCUGCUGCCGCCGGUGAGCUACGCCUUCUCGGUGAGGCUGCGGCCCGUGCUGCCGUCGUCAUCGUGCCACGACAUCUACCGCUCCCAGCUCCCCCAUUGAUCGUAUAUUUCAUCUGUUCUGAUGUGCCGCGUCCGUCCGAGGCACGUCUUUGGAAGAGAACACGCAUUUGGGAGAUCGUAAGAAUAAUAACGUUCUCGCUCAUGUAAACGUAAGACUGCAAUUGGACAUGUAACCGUCAAUAAAGAAGUGAGCGCGACGUUCAGCUCUUCAAUAAAAACGACGUCGACUUGUGGACC